CUCAGGGUCUAGGUACUCCGUACAGUCUACAUACGCCAUGGGUGUAUGUACAUUGUACGCAGAAGGGCGCAGCAACUUGGACUGUAUAAGUACUGCAGCACCGGGCAUCAUGAUUAACUUGACCAUCGCUUUGAGUUUGCCUUGGCGUUAAGAAACACGGGGGACCGUACACGACAGUAAGAGCACAUCCAUCCUCAUCGUUGGUACUGUACUUUUCCUCGGUCCAUUAUUGUGGAAAUCCUGGGGCGCAGUUUCCGUCCUAAAGGAUAAAUCGAACAUCCAGACAUCUCACUCUCACUCAGUCACACUUACCAGGACACUUCUCCCACAUCCAUCUUCAACCGUCCUCCUCACUUAAUCCCGAUGCCUCCCCUCCGCCUUGCAAUCCUCGAAGCCGACACCCCGGUACCGGCCGCCAAUGCGCGCUACAAAGGCUACUUUGGCGUCUUCAAGCAUCUGUUUGAGCGCGCCGUCUCGCCAACUACCCUGGACUCAAUCGUAACCCUCACCGGCCACGACGUGGUGCACAACCCGUCCAGCGCGUACCCCUCCUUGGACAGCAUCGACGCGAUCCUAAUCACGGGGUCCAAGCACGACGCCUUCGCCGACGACGAGUGGAUCCUGACGCUGGUCGAGUACGUGCGCAAGGCACUGGUGCAUCCUCGCGUGCGCGUGGUCGGCGUGUGUUUCGGGCACCAGAUUGUGUCCCGGGCGCUGGGCGCGCUGGUGGCGCGCAGCGACAAGGGCUGGGAGGUGAGCGUGACCGAGACCAGGCUGACCGAGAAGGGCAAGGAGUUGUUUGGUGGGAGGGAGACGUUGAAAAUCCAGCAGAUGCACCGGGACCAGGUCUUUAACGUCCCUGCUGGCGCAGAACUGCUGGCUUCGACCGACAAGUGCAUGAACCACGGCUUCGUGAUCCCCAAGCGGGUCAUCACUGUGCAGGGCCAUCCUGAGUUCACAGAGGACAUCAUGCGAGAGAUUCUCGAGCUGCGGCACGAGACAGGCUUGCUCACGGACGAGGUGUUCCAGAGUGGCAUGGAGCGGAAUGGAGAUGACCAUGACGGUGUUCUAAUGGCUCAAGUAUUCCUCAAGUUCCUUCAGGAGCAAUAACAGCAUGUCUGGUUGGAAUCUUAUGUUCCCGCAGGACUCUCGUAAUCUCCACGCCAAGGAACCCAUCGCCAGAGAGCCAGCUUCGUGAUAGCCGCCACGGGCCAGCAGAGAAGACCAACAAUUGUGAACUAUACAUAUUGCCCGAACGAGAAGCUGUCAAUCGCCCUGUC